CGACCACAUAACCUUCUCAGACUUUCCUCUUCCGCGCGCUGCCGGUUUCCUAUUAGGUGAUUGGCCCUUGUGCAGCAAGGACCAGCUAGAAAUCCAACUCGGAAGGCUAAUGGACAAUGCCCGUCUAUAUAAGUUAUAAUACAGUGAGAAUUAAGUAACCUACUCGACCGGACACGUCUAUCCAGCUGUAAUUUGGAGUCAAAGAGCCUGGGACCGGGCAUAACCCAGACUCCUACUGGAACAACCUUGAGUCUGCAUGAUGUUCUUUGCGCUAUUAUGAAUCACCUGUGAAGUUCUAAAGUUAUGAAAUCCAGUGGUCCUGUGUUCACAAGGCAGAAUCCUUUCCAGCCAGCUUCCAAUGUGAGGAAAGCACACUACCACCCUUCCUGCAACCAGGCCCUGUCAAAGAAAAAGAAAGAAACUAUUUUGAGUCCUGUACGUUCACACCAGCGACCCAGUCCAAAAGUACAACCUCUUACCGCUGAGGGCCACCAAUUGUUUGAGAAACGUGAACAGUGUUUUGCCGCCACGGAUGGACAACCUGUUUAUGCAGAAUCCUGGCCCUCCACUGACAGUGGAUCUUCUCCUUCGGGCACUGCAACCUCAUCUGACAUGGAGACACCCAAACAGUCUGUGAGAGCAAGGGAAUACACUGGGGACCAGCAGGAUUCAGUGUUGGCAAAAUAUAUAGAUCGUUUUCGCCGUGGUCAACCGCAGAGUCGAGAGGAGCGCCAACAGAUGGCUUCUGUCAUGGGAGAGGAGCAACUGCCUUUUUGGUGGAUGUCACCCUCAUCUUUACCCCCCAGCUCAAUGCCAACUAAAGCAACAGACAAAGAAGCCAUCCAGCCUUUGAGAGAUGACCAGAGACCUGCCAUUUUCAGUCCAGCUGGCCAGUGUCAACAUGACGGAUCCCUUUCCCCAUGCAGAGCCAGUGCAUUUAUGUUUUCAGACACCUCCCAGGAUGAAUUUGAUGACACAGAGAUACUACACCUUCAAGAGAGGGCUAACAGACUUCUACUGAGAGGUGAAAGUACUCUGAGUGAUGGAUCUAUCCCUGUCAGCUCAGAGGGCCUGCGGUGCUCAGAUUUCUCUUCUCCAGUCAGUGUAGAUGAGCCAGUGCGAAGACCUUUGCUUCCAAGUUUAAUAAAGCCUACUGCUGCGAAAGCCAGCACUGAAUCACUUCAGGCUGUGUCCUCCCAAAAAUAUGUCAGUUCUUCUUUGAUGCCCUCCACACGCCCAGAAGAGGACAUCUUGUUUCAGUGGCGUUUGAGGAGGAAGAUGGAGCAGGCCAGGAAGUGGUCUGUCCAACACUCCAGUCUUCAUGAUGCUACAUUUAGCUGGCAGGCUCCCCGUUUAAGCCACCUUUCAGCCAGUGGACAGGCUUAUAAGCAACCGCAGAGUAAUCAACCUCCUGAAUUCUCACAAAAAGCUACUGAUCCACACAUCAGUGCUCCCCAAGUCCAUGGAUCAUGCCCCCCAGCUUCAGGUCUACCUCCCCUCCCUGCCUUUGUUGCCUCUGGCUCAUCAGUCUGUCAGCCUCAGACUAUUGCCUACAUUCCUCCCCACAUGCAUUUACUCUGUGAUGUCUUGCCCUGUCCUAUCCAGUCGUCUCAUGUUGGUGUGCAGGACAAUACUUCACAAACCUUAGAUGAGUCUCAGGCCAAAGUUAUUCAUAAAAAGACUGAAGUCCCUGCAAACUCAAAUGAUGAGCCUACUCAUGAACAUGUGUCAUCCUCACCACCUGCUUCAUCUGCGGCUAUAGGAGAGUGGCCUAGUCAGCACAAAAUAUCCAAGAGGUACAAAAAAGAGAAAGCUCCACCAACGGAGUCAGAGAAGAAGGAGAACAAGACAAUGACGUCUGUUAGGAAGCAAAAGAAAUCAUCAAGAUAUACUGUGGAUAGAGAACAUCCCGGUGGACGCAACUCUACAAACUGGAGUUCUUCACAUCAAAGAUUUUCCAAAACAGCCAUACCAGGGGCAGAGCAGCAUCAGCGGCAGGGCAGCCAGUUCCCCAGUGAGAGCUGUACUGGUGAUCAUGCACCACCACCUUCUCCAGUCCACAGUGCUUUAGGACAGGUAGUUUCAGGGGUAUUGUUCCCCAUGGUGGAUUCACCUCCAGCACAGAGGACCCCUGUCUCCUUGGUUUCACAUCAUGGCACUACCUCUGCACCUCCACAACCCCCAGUUCCUCCAUGCAAUGCACAGAACUCGGUGGGGGUCAUUUCACAGCUGCUGCAAGAGGCUGAAGAUUCAGAUGAAAAGGAAUUUGAAGACGACCCUUUACUACAAGUCUUUCGUAAACAGAGAAAAUGGGUAAAGGAGCAGAUCAGGGAAGUGGAUGCUUUGUUGCACAAGUUCCUGGACAAGCAACAAGUUACUUGAACACUUGCAAGAGGCAUUUCAUGUAGUUGCUUUUUUAAUUUUUUUUAUAAAGAAAUAAAGUUUAUUUGUACUUUUUUAAAAUGACUGUUUCCACAUUAAAGAGUUUAGAGAUA